AUGCCGUUCGUCAAGCAGCAAAAGUCAAACGCCUACUUCUCGCGUUUCCAAGUCAAGUACCGCCGGCGUCGAGAGGGCAAGACGGACUACUACGCACGCAAGCGCUUGGUCACUCAGGCGAAGAACAAGUACAAUGCGCCGAAGUACCGACUUGUCGUCCGCUUUACGAACAAGCAGGUUAUUGUGCAGAUUGUGUAUGCGCGUCUGCAAGGUGACUUUGUGUUCGCUGCUGCGACGUCGAAGGAGCUCCCGCGUUAUGGUAUUAACCAUGGUUUGACGAAUUGGACUGCUGCCUAUGCAACUGGUCUCCUGUGUGCUCGUCGCGCUCUCGCGAAGCUUGGUCUGGCCGACAAGUACGAGGGUGUCGCAGAUCCAACUGGUGAAAUGACUCUUACCGAAGCACUCGACGAAGAAGACGCCCCUCGUCCAUUCAAAUGCUUCCUCGACGUCGGUCUCCGCCGUACGACCACCGGUGCUCGCGUCUUCGGUGCAAUGAAGGGCGCCUCAGACGGUGGCAUCUUCAUCCCUCACUCCGAGAAGCGUUUCCCCGGCUUCGAUGUCGAGACGAAGGAACUCGACGCAGAGGUGCUCAAGAAGUAUAUCUUCGGUGGACACGUCGCGGAAUACAUGGAAUCACUCGAGGAGGAAGAUGACGAACGCUUCAAGAGACAGUUCUCAUCGUACCUCGCUGACGGCGUCGGUUCAGAAGACAUCGAGGAGGUUUACAGGAACGCCUACGCCGCCAUCCGUGAGGACCCGGCAUUCAAACCGACUGAGAAGACGAAGGAUUGGAAAGCCGAGAGUCUCAAACACAAGACGCCGCGCCUCACUCACGAGCAACGCAAGCAGAAGAUCCAGGAAAAGAUCAAGGCAUUCCAGUCUGGCCGGAGCGCAGAGGAAGAGAUGGAAGAGGAUGAGGAGUGA